AUGGUGUUCACCAUGCCUACCGAAUUUUCCUUCGCGAAUAUGGACGAGGACUCUGCGAAAAAAGCUCUGUCUGUCAUAGCAUCCUUCUUUUAUAUUCAGGAAGGCGGAGUGCAGUGGUUGAACGAUAAUCUUAGCCAAUUUGGUUGCACAGCCGAUGGUUUAGUUAACGAAGCCUUAGUUGAUCCGGAGCUAACACAACAUCAAGUCUGCCAAGAUCUCCACCACGCAUAUCGUCUUCACAUCAAUCCGAAUGACGAAGAUGUUUCUGCAUACGAGACACCAGCCCCUACGACUGGUGGCAAAGGCAAGAGUGCGCGCCCGUUUGAUAAGCCCUUUGCUUAUGCAGCAAUACACCCUCAAUUCCUUGUAGAGCAAGCGCUCAAAGCUCGACUUGCAAAACUUGACGAAGUGCCUGUCGAAAAACAACCCUGUGGAGAGACUGCCGAGCUGGAGGCUUCUCAGCAAGAAUCUCCUGUUACCGAUCAACUUGUCAACCAGCUUGAGUACGAGUCUUCAGAUGCCGACUACUCUGAAUACCAAUCCGAGCCAGAGGAUUUCGUUAGAGGCACAUCCAAUAUUUCCGAUGACGAUUAUUUAGACGAUGAAGAUUAUGUCGAGAAGUCAGUUACCAACUUCGAUGGACUAUCCUACGAACAACAGCUCACUCUUACCAUCGAAGCCUCUCUGAAAGAGCACUCAUCACAGAAGUAUAACGGCGAAUCUUCUGGUACAAGCAAUCAAAUUACACCACCACCUUCUCAGCAAAAGACAACUGUACCAGCGAACUAUUCUGGUGGGAAAACCAUCUUAUGUCCAGGCCAAUCUUCCAGUGGAAAACACAUCUUGCCCGCAUCGCCACAAACUACUUCGUGUCCAUCUUCCCUUAAUAGAAAGCGAGAACACGAUGAUGACGAGUCUCAUGAUAAUGAAGAUUAUAUUAAGUCCAGUCAUCGGCCAACCAAGAAGCGCACGAAGUCUGUCACUAAGCCAUCUGUUCACACACCGGCUUCUUCAUCUGCCUCAGCUACUAGUGAUUUAAUUUAUUCUCCCCCAGUCACUACAUCUGGCUCCGCUUCUUCUACUUUGAGCUGUCGCAAAGCAUCCUCCAAGCCUCGCAGAACACCCCGAUCUUCUCGCAAAAGUGGUACUGCCAGUAAACCCCGUCGCGCCGCCUGGACCGAUGACGAAACAUUCAAGCUCUACGAAUGUCUUGUCAAACGUCGAGAAGUUGAAGCUAAGCACCCUGAUCUUGUUAAACUCUACGAUGCUCCUCUCUGGAAGCACAUCUCGGAAGAACUUGCUUCUGUCCAUGGCAUUCAUCGAGCACCUGGUGGUUGCAAAUCUAAUUGGAAUCGAAAUGGACGAGAGUUCUUUGAUUUUGAUGAACGAUCGACUUUGAAACGCUCGAAGUCUCUGGCUACCAGUGUUCAGGUUCCAAAGAAGGACAGAAAGGGAAAGAAGCCUGUUGCCGUUGAUGAGGUUGAUGAUGAAUAG